AUGGCCACCGAAGAAGAUCUUAUCGAUUACUCCGAUGAGGAACUCCAGACCACUGAUGCCGCCGCUGUGCCAGCUGCGCCGGCUGCCAACGGUGAUGCGUCUAAGAAGGGCGAUCUUACUGUAGCCGGUGCGGGCGCCGACAAGAAGGGCAGCUAUGUCGGUAUCCAUUCAACCGGUUUCCGUGAUUUCUACCUCAAGGCAGAACUUCUACGCGCGAUCACCGAUUGCGGCUUCGAACAUCCAUCGGAGGUCCAGCAAGUCUGCAUUCCAACAGCUAUCCUUAAUGUCGAUGUUCUCUGUCAAGCCAAAUCUGGUCUCGGAAAAACUGCUGUUUUCGCCUUGACCACUCUCCACCAGCUUGAGCCAGUCCCUGGAACGUGCUCUAUCUUGGUCAUGUGCCCUACUAGGGAGUUGGCUUAUCAGAUCAAAGACGAAUAUGCCAGGUUCAGCAAAUACAUGCCAGACGUGAAGACCGCAGUGUUCUACGGCGGUACCCCAAUCCAGAAGGACAUUGAAAUUCUGUCUUCCAAGGAAACCCAUCCCAACAUCAUUGUUGGUACUCCCGGCCGAUUGAAUGCACUUUUACGAGACAAGAAGCUAUCCCUCCGCAACAUCAAAUCGUUUGUUUUGGACGAGUGUGACAAAAUGCUUGACCAGAAGGACAUGCGUGCUGAUGUACAAGAGAUUUUCCGCUCUACCCCUUCUGAGAAGCAAGUGAUGAUGUUCAGUGCCACCCUUGCCCAGGAGAUCCGUCCCGUCUGCAAGAAAUUCAUGCGAAACCCACUUGAGGUGUAUGUUGAUGAUGACACUAAGCUCACCUUGCAUGGUCUUCAACAAUACUAUAUCAAACUCAGCGAAGCGGAAAAGAACCGCAAGCUCAACGAGUUGCUUGACAACCUUGAAUUCAAUCAAGUCAUCAUCUUUGUUAAGAGCACCGUUCGUGCGACAGAACUCGACAAGCUUCUCAGGGAGUGUAACUUCCCAAGUAUUGCUGUUCACUCUGGCGUUUCCCAGGAAGAGCGUAUCAAACGAUACCGCGAGUUCAAAGACUUCAACAAGCGUAUCUGCGUGGCAACUGACGUUUUCGGCCGUGGUAUUGAUAUCGAGCGAAUCAACUUGGCCAUCAACUAUGAUAUGCCAAUUGAUGCCGACUCAUACCUUCACCGAGUCGGCCGUGCUGGUCGAUUCGGUACCAAAGGAUUGUCUAUCUCGUUCGUUAGUGACGAAGAGAACAUGCAGGUCCUGAAAGAUAUUGAGAAGCGUUUCGAGGUUGCCCUUCCGGAAUACCCUGAGGAAGGUGUCGAUGCCAGCACUUACAUGGCAUAG